ACUCGGAUUCCUCAUUGCGCGGAGGGUGUUUCGGGCGGACCGCGUUAGGUGUGACACCAGGAGUGCCCGCUUGCCCGCGCUUUUCAGUUGCAGCGUUUCCUGCAGCUGGUUAGUUCGUUUUGUCCAGCGGCGGUGGUGCCUCCCUGAGAUUCGAAAUGCCGUAGUGUUAAAAGAUCACUGAAAUUGGAUGAUCAGCUAGAAGAAAAUUCAUUUGAUCCUUCAAAAAUCACAAAGAAGAGAAGUAUUACAGCUUAUUCUCCAACAACUGGAACUUGUCAAAUGAGUCCAUUUUCUUCUCCCACAAGCUCUAAAGAACAAGAGCCCAGAAAUGGGCCAUCAAAUGGAAAGAGAAAAAAAUUGAAUCACCUCAGUUUAACUGAAAGAAAGGAAUCUACAGUAAAAGACAAUGAUACAUUCAUGGUGUUGCUAUCUAAAGUUGAGACAUCAUCAGAAGAAAUCAUGGAAAUAAUGAAAAAUUUAAAUAAUAUAAAGGCUUUAGAGGGCAAUAGAGAGCUUGAAAAUCUCAUUAGUAUCUCCCGUUCAUCAUGUUUCUUAAAAAGAGAAGUGGAGAAAACCAAAGAACUAGUGACCAAAAUAAGAAAACAAAAGCUGUGUGAAAAGAAUUCAGUACUUCCUCACAAAGAAUUAUGUCAUCUUGACAGCUACGAAUUCCUUAAGGCCAUUUUAAAAAGAGGUGAGGAAACUGAAGCACAAAGAAGUUAAGUAUUUUCUCCCUGAAGCACCAAAGACAGAAAGCCAGGCAUUUAGAAGAAAUGCUCUCACUAUGAGUACAACUGCAUCUGCCUGAUCAUAUUUAAAGGAACAGAAGAAAUAUUUGUAAUUAAUCUGCCCAGUAAAUACCAGCUCAUAGCACUAGGCAGGUGCAAGUCUAGAUAAAAUUUCUUGCAGCUAAUUUAAACUUUCUACACACACCAAUAGAUAAUCUUAAUGUAAAUAUUACAUUUUUUCUUGACCCUUUAAUAUAAAGCCAGCAUGUAGAGGAGGAUCUUGACUUACAUUGUGUAUCAUGGAUGUUUUUGUGUACUGUUAGCAUUUGUGGAUAGUUACUAAAGUAUGUUUGAAAAUGGCUGUACAUCUGCUAGAGCUAUAUAUUUUCCUAGAACUCAGAUUAAAUCUAAUUGCGAGUUGAACGGGGGACCACUUUUCCCACUUAAAGCCUCAGGUACUUAUUAAUUUAUAGGUUUUUUUAAAUGUUUAAAAACUUAUUUAGGGACUGGAGAUGUGGCUCAAGUGAUAGCGCGCUCGCCUGGCAUAUGUACGGCCUGGGUUCCAUCCUCAGCAUCACAUACAAAUAAAGAAAUAAAUAAUAAAAAAUUCUCUCUCAUUUAGAAGCUUAUUGUGUAACCACUACCUCAGGGAUGAGUUUUUAUUAUUAUAAUACGCUUGUUUUUUCUAUGCUUGUAUUUUCAAAGUUUUAAAUUCCAUACAUUUUGUAAAAUAUUAUAAUGUAUUUUUUAGUACAUACUACAUUUAAAUAUGAAGUUGGUUUUUAGCUCAAUUAAACAGCCUCCAAUAAAUUAAAAAGACCUUUAUUAUGAGACAGUAUUUAAUCCUUUCCAAAUUAUUUAAAUUCUUUAUUCUGUAUUGUUUUUAUUAUCAUUUAUUUGUAUUGUUGCUCACAAAAUGAAUCAGUAUCUAAACUAGGUACUAAAUUACAUGGCAAGUGGAUAUUAAAAUCAUUUAAUUGAUGCAUGAAAAAUACGUUGAUUUGGGAAUUAAUUCACAAUGAUGACAUAAUCAUCUUUUAUAUCCUGCAAGCACUUAGAAAAAUCACAAAAUAUGUCUUUGUGUAUGCAUGUGUGUGUUAUUAGAGAUGGCUCCCUGGGCCUGACAUAUGCUGGGCAAACACUCUACUACUGAGCUACACUUCCCAUCCCUGAAUAUAUCAUAGCUUGAUAACAUACAUUUUUUUAAAAAGUCUGUACUUUUCUUGACCAUUUCUAGAGGGGGCAAAUGUUAUUCUCAGAAUUUGUGUAUCAUUUGAUGUCAUGAAAAUAAAAAUACCAUAGUAUUUUUAAAACCA